CCUCCCUUGAGAAAUUUAUCAAAGAGAGAAAACCCACAAAGAAAGAAAGUAAUAGCUAUGAGAAUUGAAGAGAAAGGAGAGUGUGCCUCCAUCAAGCACCUCAUCUUUGCAUAUUAUGUCACCGGCCAUGGCUUUGGCCACGCCACUCGUGUUGUUGAGGUUGUUCGAAAUCUGAUUGCGGCGGGCCACGAUGUUCACGUCGUCACCGGUGCACCUGACUUUGUUUUCACUUCUGAAAUUCAGUCCUCUCGCCUCUUCCUUAGAAAGCUAGUUUUAGACUGUGGAGCAGUUCAGGCAGAUGCAUUGACCGUGGAUCGUCUUGCCUCUCUGCGGAAGUAUUCCGAAACAGCAGUCCAACCUCGGGAUUCUAUUUUGGCAACAGAAGUAAAGUGGCUGAAUUCCAUCAAAGCUGACUUAGUGGUUUCAGAUGUUGUUCCAGUUGCAUGCCGAGCCGCUGCUGAAGCUGGAAUUCGCUCCGUCUGUGUAACCAACUUCAGUUGGGACUUCAUUUAUGCCGAGUAUGUGAUGGCUGCUGGAUGUAAUCAUCGUUCAAUAGUUUGGCAGAUAGCAGAGGAUUAUUCACAUUGUGAGUUUCUCAUCCGUCUCCCAGGAUACUGUCCAAUGCCUGCUUUCCGUGAUGUUAUUGAUGUACCUCUAGUUGUAAGGAGAUUGCAUAAAUCUCGCAAUGAGGUGAGAAAGGAACUUGGAAUUGGUGAGGAUGUGAAGCUGGUUAUUCUCAACUUUGGUGGACAGCCUGCAGGGUGGAAGUUGAAGGAAGAUUAUUUACCUUCUGGUUGGCUGUGUCUGGUUUGUGGUGCUUCUGAUACCCAAGAGCUUCCACCUAAUUUUGUGAAGCUUCCGAAAGAUGCAUAUACACCUGACCUUAUAGCGGCAUCUGACUGUAUGCUCGGAAAAAUUGGAUACGGUACCGUUAGUGAAGCCCUGGCAUAUAAAUUACCUUUCGUCUUUGUUCGAAGAGAUUAUUUCAAUGAAGAACCCUUUCUAAGAAAUAUGCUUGAGUUUUAUCAAAGUGGCGUUGAGAUGAUUAGAAGGGAUUUACUCAUUGGACAUUGGAAACCCUAUCUUGAACGUGCAAUCAGUUUGAAACCAUGCUAUGAGGGAGGCAUUAAUGGUGGAGAGGUGGCAGCUCACAUCUUGCAGGAGACUGCUAUUGGCAAGAAUUACGCUUCAGAUAAGUUGAGUGGUGCUAGAAGGUUACGUGAUGCUAUAAUUCUUGGGUAUCAACUGCAAAGGGUCCCUGGCAGAGAUGUCAGUAUUCCUGAAUGGUACACAAAUGCUGAAAAUGAACUUGGUCUAAGUACUGGAUCGCCAACUUCUCAGACAAAAGAGAGCAAUGAAAAAUCUGACUUUUGCACUGAUGACUUUGAAAUUCUUCAUGGAGAUCUUCAAGGUCUUUCUGAUACAACGAGUUUCCUAAAUAGUUUGGUAGAACUUAACAAUGUUUCUGAUUCGGAAAAGAAUAAUGAAAAGCGUCAGAUGCGUGAACGUAAAGCUGCUGCUGGGCUUUUCAAUUUGGAGGAGGACAUCUUUGUGACUAGGGCACCUGGAAGGUUGGAUGUUAUGGGAGGAAUUGCUGACUACUCAGGCAGUCUAGUAUUGCAGAUGCCUAUAAGGGAAGCCUGCCAUGUUGCCGUGCAACGGAAUCAUCCAAGUAAACACAGGCUCUGGAAACAUGCGCUUGCACGACAGAAUGCUAAAGGACAAGGACCAAUGCCUGUUUUGCAAAUUGUAUCAUAUGGUUCAGAGUUGAGUAACCGUGGGCCAACUUUUGACAUGGAUUUAUCAGACUUUAUGGAAGGAGGGAAACCAAUUUCAUAUGAAAAAGCAAGGAAAUACUUUGCCCAAGAUCCGUCUCAGAACUGGGCGGCAUAUGUUGCUGGGAAUUUGGUUUUGAUGAAAGAAUUAGGUGUGCGCUUUGAAGAUAGUAUUAGCAUGCUGGUUUCUUCUGCAGUCCCAGAAGGCAAAGGUGUAUCUUCUUCUGCCUCUGUGGAAGUUGCUAGCAUGUCAGCUAUGGCAGCCGCUCAUGGAUUGAGUAUCAGUCCAAGAGAGCUUGCCCUCCUCUGCCAAAAGGUGGAGAAUCACAUUGUAGGAGCCCCAUGUGGUGUUAUGGACCAAAUGACUUCAGCGUGCGGUGAGGCCAAUAAACUACUUGCAAUGGUUUGUCAGCCUGCUGAGGUAAUUGGUCUUGUAACAAUUCCAAGUCAUAUCCGAUUUUGGGGAAUUGAUUCAGGAAUAAGGCACAGUGUUGGAGGUGCGGACUAUGGAUCUGUUCGAAUAGGAGCCUUUAUGGGUCGAGAGAUUAUAAAAGCUAUAGCAUCAACUAGAUUGUCUCAAUAUACAACUGCUAAUGGGGUAUCUCCUGAUGAACUGGACAAUGAUGGACUGGAAUUACUUGAAGCUGAAGCUUCAUUAGAUUAUUUAUGCAACUUGUCACCUCACAGAUACGAAGCUCUUUAUGCCAAUCAACUUCCUCAAUCAAUGCUUGGUGAGAUGUUUUUGGACAAAUAUUCUGAUCAUGGUGAUACAGUUACAGUAAUUGAUAAGAAACGAACAUAUGGAGUGACAGCUGCUGCUAAGCAUCCUGUAUAUGAAAAUUUUAGGGUCAAGGCCUUUAAGGCACUGCUGACAUCUGUGACUUCAGAUGAGCAACUUACGGCACUUGGAGAGCUGCUUUAUCAGUGCCACUAUAGCUAUAGUGCAUGCGGACUCGGCUCUGACGGGACAAAUAGACUGGUAGAGUUGGUGCAGGAGAUGCAGCAUAGUAAAGUUUCUAGGGUUGAAGAAAAAACUUUAUAUGGAGCUAAAAUUACUGGUGGCGGUUCAGGUGGAACAGUUUGCGUAGUUGGAAGGAAUUCACUCCGAAGCAGCCAGCAUAUUCUUGAGAUUCAGCAAAGGUACAAAAAGGCAACAGGAUACUUGCCCUUCAUUUUUGAGGGCUCAUCCCCUGGUGCUGGCAAGUUUGGAUUUUUAAGAAUUCGACGGCGCAUCUCUCCCCAAUCCUAAUGUGCUUGCAUGUCAGCCCUUCCAAUGGCCCCAUUUAUUUAUUUUUAAAUAAUUCAAGUUAUUUGGUUUAGAUGUAUCUUCCUUAUUUUCAAAAUAAAGAUAAGCAACAAUCGCCUAAUUACUAUUUAACGUAAAGUGUUGUAAUAUUUUCAUUUAUCCAUUG